AUGUCCGAUCGUUUGGGGCAAAUAACCAAGGGCAAGGAUGGGAAAAGCAAGUAUUCGACUCUCAGCCUGUUUGACAAGUAUAAAGGAAAAUCAGUAGAUUCAAUCAGAUCCUCAGUUAUUCCUCGACAUGGCUUACAAAGUCUCGGGAAAGUUGCCACGGCCCGGCGCAUGCCACCGCCUGCAAACCUGCCAAGCCUGAAGUCUGAAAACAAAGGAAACGACCCCAACAUCGUGAUAGUACCCAAGGACGGAACAGGAUGGGCAAACAAGCAGGACCAGCAAGACCCAAAGAGUUCCAGUGUGACGGCCUCUCAGCCGCCGGAGUCGCUGCCGCAGCCGGGUUUGCAGAAAUCUGUCUCCAAUUUGCAGAAGCCGACACAGUCGAUCAGUCAGGAGAAUACAAAUUCAGCUCCAGGUGGACCAAAGUCAUGGGCACAGCUGAAUGGAAAGCCAGCAGGACACGAAGGUGGUUUAAGGGCCUCAAGCCGACUGUUAUCCUUCUCUCCCGAGGAAUUUCCGACGCUGAAAGCAGCUGGAGGGCAGGACAAGGCUGGCAAAGAAAAGGGCGUCUUAGAUCUGUCGUAUGGGCCAGGACCAAGCCUCCGCCCUCAGAAUGUGACAAGCUGGAGGGAGGGCGGUGGGCGAAACAUAAUUUCUGCCACGUCUCUGAGCGCCUCCCCAACUGAGCUGGGCAGCAGGAACUCGAGUGCGGGAGACGGAGCCCCCUCCUCGGCAUGUACCAGCGAUUCUAAGGACCCCUCUCUCCGCCCGGCUCAGCCUGUCCGAAAAGGGGCUUCACAGUUCUUGGGGAAUGUAUACCACCCACCUACAUACCAUGACAUGCUUCCUGCUUUUAUGUGUUCGCCACAGUCAUCAGAGAACCAGGGUACAGUGGAACGAGGAUCUUUUCCCCUUCCUCAGCUCCGUCUUGAACCCCGUGUUCCUUUUAGACAGUUCCAGAUGAAUGACCAAGACGGAAAAGAAAAUAGACUGGGAGUGAGCCGCCCAGUCCGUCCACUGAGGCCACUGGUGGAGCGGGUGCCACGACCCACCAUCGUCAACGCAGAAAACCUGAAGGGCCUCGAUGACCUGGACACCGAUGCCGAUGAUGGAUGGGCAGGCCUCCAUGAAGAAGUGGACUACUCCGAGAAGCUGAAGUUCAGUGAUGAUGAGGAGGAGGAGGAAGUGGUGAAGGACGGCAGGCCAAAGUGGAACAGUUGGGACCCCAGGAGGCAGCGGCAGUUGUCCUUGAGCUCUGCAGACAGUGCUGAUGCCAAGCGCACCCAAGAGGAAGGAAAAGACUGGAGUGAAACAGGAGGCAUGACCCGUGUCGUCCGGAAGGUGCCGGAACCUCAGCCGCCUUCCAGGAAGCUGCACAGCUGGGCGUCGGGCCCUGAUUACCAGAAGUCCUCCACGGGCACCAUAUUUCGGCAGCAGUCUGCCGAGGACAAAGAGGACAAGCCCCCACCGCGGCAGAAGUUCGUCCAGUCGGAGAUGUCCGAGGCUGUGGAGCGAGCCCGGAAGCGCCGGGAGGAGGAGGAGCGCCGGGCGCGUGAGGAGAGGCUGGCUGCCUGUGCCGCCAAACUCAAGCAGCUUGACCAGAAGUGCAAGCAGGCUCAGCGUGCGAGUGAGGCCCAGAAGCAGGCAGAGAAGGAAGCUCCCCGUUCUCCGGGGGCUGAGAAGGUGGCUCCCCAGGAGAACGGCCCUGCCGUCCACAAAGGCUCCCCUGAGUUCUCUGCCCAGGAGACCGCCAGCACGUUUUCAGAAGAAGUCCCCACAGCUCCUCCAGCAGUGGCUCAGAGCGGCGGCAGUGAGGAGGGGCCCAGGGAGGCUGGGUCCCCUGCGCAGGAAUUCAGCAAGUACCAAAAGUCACUCCCUCCCAGGUUCCAGCGCCAGCAGCAGCAGCAGCAGCAGGAGCAGCUGUACAAGAUGCAGCACUGGCAGCCGGUGUACCCUCCGCCGUCCCACCCGCAGCGCACCUUCUACCCGCACCACCCCCAGAUGCUGGGCUUCGACCCCAGGUGGAUGAUGAUGCCCUCUUACAUGGACCCACGGAUCCCGCCUGCUCGGACCCCAGUGGAUUUCUAUCCCUCGGCCCUGCAUCCCUCGGGAUUGAUGAAACCCAUAAUGCCCCCGGAUUCCCUCAGUGGGACCGGCUGUCGCUCUGAGGACCAGAGCUGUGUGCCCCCGCUGCCAGAAAGGAAGGUGACCGCCAUUGACCCCGCCCCCGUGUGGAGCCCUGAGGGUUACAUGGCAUUGCAGAGCAAGGGCUACUCGCUGCCCCACCCGAAAUCCAGCGACAGUUUGGCCAUGGACAUGCAUGUCAGGAGUGAAAGCUCUUACUCUGCCUCCCCCGGAAGGUCAGGGGGCAUGAGUGCCCAGCGCGAGCUCCUUGAGGAGAGAGGGCAGGAGUACUUGAGCGCUUCUGACAAGAAGGCCCCAGCAGACUGUGACUCCCGUGUCUCCUCUCAGAGAGUAGGCCAGGAGCUUUUGUUUCCACCACAAGAAAAUGGUCAGGAAGCAGGCACUCCUGUGAGUCACACCCCAAACCUCAGGUGCUCCCCACUGGAGCCCGACUUUGCCCCCACGGAGAAAAAGCCUGAGUAUGGUGACUGGGACGUGAACCACCAGUCAAAGGUCACCGACCCAGACGCUGCGGUUGAGAAGGAGGUACCGCAGGAGGAGCCACCCUUCAGUGUUUCCUCCUGGGAGAAGGAAGGGAGCCCGAGUAAGCCGCCAGCCCUGGAGCCCGAGUGGACGCCAGAAGCCCGGGGCACCAGCAGCCAGCACACAGAGCAGACCAGCAGGACCCGUAGGUCCGGCCCCAUCAAGAAACCUGUCCUGAAGGCCCUCAAGGUGGAGGACAAGGAGAAGGAGCUCGAGAAGGUAAAGCCGGAGCUGGCAGAGGGGAGCACCCGCCUGGCCCGGGGGACGGGGCCUGUCCACGAGGCGGCUGAGGACGAGGACCAAGAGAAUGACCCCGCGCUGGCCAAUGCGGCUCCAGCCACUUCGGAGGACCAGGGCUCAGCCCGUGCCAGCUUGGGCCGUGAGACCAGCCAUCCCGAGGAGGACAACAAGCCUGAUGGGGCCCCGGAGGCCAGACCCUCCAGGGAGGCCAGCCACACACCCCCAACCAAGAGGAAUAACUGGAUCUUUAUUGAUGAGGAGCAAGCCUUUGGGAGCCGAGGGCCAGCCCGGGGCCGAGGCCGCGGGUUCCGAGAGUUCACCUUUCGUGGGCGACCCACUGGUAGCGGCCUGUGUGGCGGGGGUGUCCUUGGGACACGGGCCCUCUACAGCGGCAGCCAGAGGAGUGGCCGGGGCCGGGGGCCACGGGAGUUUGGGCCGCCAGAUGACUUCCCUCGGGCCAAACCCCGGCGGAGGAUUGCCAGUGAGACCCACAGCGAGGGCUCUGAGUACGAGGAGCUUCCCAAGCGGCGGCGGCAGCGAGGUGCUGAGCCCGGGGAUGAGGGUGCACUCCCGGAGCGGGAGGAGGCCACGGGAAGGAAGGGCGACUUCAGGGAGUCCUGGCGGUCUGGCAGGAUGCACCCUGAGGACCACGGCGGGCCUGAGGCCAAGAACCGAGGCCCCCGGGCCUUUGGGCGUGCCCUCCCCCCGCGUCUGAGCAACUGUGUGUAUGGCCGGAGAACCUUCGUGGCCAAGGAGGUGGCCCCUUGGCCCAGCCGGGGUCCUGGUGCCUCCUGGCAGGAGCCUGGCCCCCCUGAUGCGUGUGGGGCCCGGCGGCCCUUAGACAGAGACUACAUCCCAGACACCUACAGACGCCCCGACGCCUUGGGCUCCCGGGGCUUCGAGGAUGGCCGCGUGGAGGACAAGAGGGCCUUCUUCCAAGAUGACCACGCAGCAGAUUCCGAAAGUGCAGAGAACCGGCCCUUCAGGCGAAGGCGGCCUCCGCGCCAGGACAAGCCCCCCCGCUUCCGGCGCCUCCGACAGGAAAGGGAGGCCCUGGGCCUGUGGGGGCCGGAGGACGAGCCACUCCUGGCAGCCGGCCAGUGGCCGGGCCGUCCCAGACCCUGCCCUGGGGACAGGAGCAGCGCCACAGGCCACAGGUCCCCUGAGCUCGCCUAUCAGAACUCCUCCGACCACGCCAAUGAGGAGUGGGAGACGGCGUCCGAGAGCAGUGACUUCAGCGAAAGGCGGGAGCGGCGGGCCGGCCCCGAGCUGGACCCCCAGGCCGAUGGCGGCCCUCCUGGGGUGAGCACAGGCGAGAAGAAGGAGCUGGCCAAGCGGAGCUUCUCGGGCCAGAGACCCCUGGUGGACAGGCAAAGCCGGAAGCUGGAGCCGGGAGGGUUUGGGGAGAAGUCUGUUAGGCCAAGUGGCGGUGACACUUCUCCCCGCUAUGAGAGUCAUCAGAACGGGACGCCUCUGAAAGCCAAAAGGUCCCCAGACGAGGCCUUGCCUGGAGGUCUUGGCUGUGGCAGUGGGACUGGCCACUACACGCUGGAGCGGGCAGCCCAUGCUGCCUCUGAUGUCACCGAAGCCUCCUGUGAGAAGGCAGAGAAGGAGGCCAAGCUGGCCGCCCAGAGGUCAGGAGAGCAGGGAGAGACCAUGAAACCAUUUGACCUGAACUACGGACACGCCAUCAUUGAAAAUUGCGGAUCCAGCCCUGGGGAGGAGAGUGAGGUGGGCUCUCUGGUGGGCGAAGGCUUCAUUGAGGUCCUGACCAAGAAGCAGCGUCGCCUGCUGGAGGAGGAGAGGAGAAAGAAGGAGCAAGCUGUGCAGGUUCCUGUCAAAGGCCGAAGUCUUUCCUCUCGAAUUCCUCCUCGGUUUGCGAAGAAGCAGAACAACCUGUGCCUGGAGCCGGGUGACGGGCCGGUGCCUGGUAGCAGCCUGGGCACCGAGAUCUGGGAGAGCAGCAGCCAGGCCCUCCCCCUUCAGGCCUCAACCAGUGACUCCUGGACCAAAGCUGCCACUGCCUUCACCAGCACCGAGCCUGGCUCUGCUGAGCAGGGCUUUAAGAGCAGCCAGGGAGACAGCGGUGUUGACCUGAGCGCCGAGUCCCGAGAGUCCUCAGCGACCUCCUCGCAGCGCAGCUCCCCAUAUGGCACCCUGAAGCCCGAAGAGGCAAGCGGGCCUGGCCUGGAGCCCAAGGCUGACGGCCACAAGGAGCAGACUCAAAAGCAGUCAGAGCCAAAGGAUUCAGAACAAGGCUCGGGACAGAGCAAGGAGCACAGACCAGGACCCAUCGGCAAUGAGCGCUCUCUGAAAAACAGAAAGGGCUCUGAGGGGGCCGAACGGCUGCAAGGGGCUGUGGUUCCCCCUGUUAACGGGGUGGAGAUUCACGUUGACUCUGUGCUGCCGGUGCCACCCAUUGAAUUUGGAGUCAAUCCGAAGGACUCUGAUUUCAGCUUGCAGCCUGGCUCUGCCUCUGGCCCCGUGGGGAACCCAGUUGUCAAACUUCAGGACGCGUUGGCCAGUAACGCCGGGCUGGCCCCCAGCAUCCCCAUCCUACGGCGGGACCACCACAUCCAGAGGGCCAUCGGUCUCUCCCACAUGUCCUUCCCCACCGCUGACCUCACUCUGAAGAUGGAGUCUGCACGCAAGGCUUGGGAAAACUCACCCAGCUUGCCGGAGCAGAGCUCGCCAGGAGGCGCCGGCUCAGGCCUGCAGCCCCCAUCCUCCGGGGGGGCCUCCAGCGGGGUCAACUAUAGCUCCUUUGGCGGCGUCUCCAUGCCCCCCGUGCCCGUGGCCUCAGUCGCACCUUCUGCAUCCCUUCCAGGCAGUCACCUGCCACCUCUCUACCUGGAUGGCCAUGUGUUUGCAAGUCAGCCCCGGCUGGUUCCUCAGACCAUACCUCAGCAGCAGAGUUACCAACAGGCUGCCGCUGCCCAGCAGAUCCCAAUUUCCCUUCACACGUCUCUGCAAGCUCAAGCCCAGCUGGGACUGAGGGGUGGGCUGCCCGUCUCCCAGUCUCAGGAGAUCUUCAGCUCCUUACAGCCCUUCAGGUCUCAGGUGUACAUGCACCCCAGCCUGUCACCACCCAGCACCAUGAUCCUCUCCGGAGGCACAGCCUUGAAGGCCCCCUACUCAGCGUUCCCAGGCAUGCAGCCCCUGGAGAUGGUGAAGCCCCAGUCCGGCUCGCCCUACCAGCCCAUGAGUGGAAGCCAGGCCCUGGUCUAUGAGGGCCCACUCAGCCAGGCGGCCGGGCUCGGCGCCUCCCAGAUGUUGGACUCCCAGCUCCCGCAGCUGACGAUGCCCCUGCCUGGCUCCCAGCUGCCUCUGCCCCGGUACGGCUCCGGGCAGCAGCCCCUGCUCCUGCCACAGUCCAUCCAGCUGCCCCAGGCGCAGAGCCUCUCGGUCGGGGCCCCCCGCAGGAUCCUCGCCCCUGGGUCCCAGCCUUCGGUCCUCAACACCAGCAGAGAGUCCUCUCAGAUGGAGAUGAAGGGCUUCCACUUUGCCGACAGUAAACAGAAUGUUCCUUCAGGAGGCUCUGUGCCGUCGCCGCAGACCUACAGGCCUAGCUCUGCUAGCCCCAGUGGGAAGCCCUCUGGAUCAGCAGUUAACAUGGGCUCUGUGCAGGGACACUACGUUCAACAGGCAAAACAGCGAGUGGAUGAAAAGCCCGGCCUGGGAGCCGUGAAGCUGCAGGAGCCGCCCUCAGCCGCUUCCCCGCUGAAGCGAACCGGAGCGAUCAAGCCCCGGGCGGUCAAGGUGGAGGAGAGCAAGGCCUGA